AUGGGAAGUGGCGCGGGAGAGGGUAUUUCAGUCAAUUCAAUCCACUAUUUGAUUGGUUUCACUUCCACCACUCCCUCCCUCUACGACUACACACCUCUCGAGUUCACUCUCCAUCCACCUCUCUUUCCCAAAACCGACGUCGUAAUAGAACAAAGACAACAAGCAAAGAAUCCCCAAAUUCUAGGAUUUCCUAGAGGGAGAGAGAAAGAUCCAUAUCUGAUGGAUGCAUCGGUGGCGUCGAGUGCUCGUGGGAACAUCGACGAGCAAAUCUCUCAGCUCAUGGAUUGCAAACCCUUAUCCGAACAAGAUGUGAGGUUGGUAUGUGAAAAGGCCAAGGAGAUCCUAAUGGAAGAGAGCAAUGUGCAGCCCGUGAAAAGCCCUGUCACCAUAUGUGGUGAUAUUCAUGGGCAAUUUCAUGAUCUUGCAGAGCUUUUUCGGAUUGGUGGAAAGUGUCCAGACACAAAUUAUUUGUUCAUGGGAGACUAUGUUGAUCGUGGAUACUAUUCAGUCGAAACAGUAACGCUCUUGGUGGCUCUCAAAGUGCGAUAUCCUCAAAGAAUUACGAUUCUACGGGGAAAUCAUGAAAGUCGACAGAUUACUCAAGUUUAUGGGUUUUAUGAUGAAUGCCUGAGAAAGUAUGGUAAUGCCAAUGUGUGGAAGAUCUUCACUGACUUAUUUGAUUAUUUCCCUCUUACUGCAUUGGUUGAAUCAGAAAUUUUUUGUCUGCAUGGUGGAUUGUCGCCAUCUAUUGAAACUCUUGAUAAUAUACGCAAUUUUGACCGUGUGCAAGAAGUUCCUCAUGAGGGACCCAUGUGCGAUCUUUUAUGGUCUGACCCUGAUGAUCGAUGUGGUUGGGGUAUCUCGCCCAGGGGUGCUGGAUAUACAUUCGGCCAAGACAUAUCUGAGCAGUUUAACCAUACAAACAAUUUGAAGCUUAUUGCUAGAGCACACCAGCUGGUUAUGGAGGGAUUCAACUGGGGUCAUGACCAAAAGGUUGUUACCAUAUUUAGUGCACCUAAUUAUUGUUACCGGUGUGGGAACAUGGCAUCUAUCUUAGAAGUUGAUGACUGCCAAGGGCACACAUUUAUUCAGUUUGAUCCGGCUCCUAGGAGGGGUGAGCCAGAUGCCAUCGACCUCGUUAUUAAUUCUGCUGCAAAAUCAAAUUAUAUGUCAGCAGGUCAGAUUUCAGUGCCUAUUGUUUUCAGGGGUCCAAAUGGUGCUGCUGCUGGUGUUGGUGUUGGGGCUCAACAUUCCCAGUGCUAUGCAGCAUGGUAUGCUUCAUGCCCAGGAUUAAAGGCUGCUGAUAUUCUUGCGAAGGAAGGAAUUAGUGCUGAGGUGAUAAAUCUUCGCUCGAUUUGCCCCCUUGAUAGGUCAACUAUAAAUGCUUCUAUCUGCGCAUCUGUUCUUGAACAUAGCUUUGAGUACCUUGAUUCCCCUGUUGAGAGGAUUGCCGGGGCAGAUGUUCCCAUGCCCUAUGCUGCAAAUCUUGAGAGAAUAUCCGUCCCACAUGUUGAGGACAUUGUUCGAGCAGCAAAGAUGUCUUGUUACAGAUCAAGUUCAUUGGCCGCAACUGCUUAA